GGAGCGAUGGAAUCCCAGGAGAUUUCCAUCCUGUCCUCCUUGAGGGGAGACCUCAAAACAGAGGACUACAUUCAGCCCCACUAUAAGGAGUCCUACCGCUUUGCCAUUGAUCGCCUGGUGAGCAGUGGGAAAGAAAGUUACCAGGAGUUACUCAAAGAGGAGCGUAUUGGGAGCUUCCUCUCAGAGGAGGAGCUGGCCUUCAUCACUUCUAAUGCCACGCAGCCCUCGCCUGGCACUCCAACAGAGGAGGUCCACAAUGGUCCCUCAGACGGCAAGUCCUCCACUGGGACGUACUGGCCCACCCACUCUGAUGUGGAGACCCCAGACCUGGACCUCGGGUGGCCGGAGUUCAUGCACGAGAGACUACAAACCAACAUAGAUCUGCUUUUUCAUCCACCAAGACAAAAUAACCCCACCAUUAAAGAGGUCAUUCGUAGGCAUAUUCGGGAUGCGAGACAGGUCAUCGCCGUUGUAAUGGACAUGUUCACUGAUGUGGAUAUAUUCAAAGAGACGGUGGACGCCUCGAUACGAGGCGUUCCAGUUUACGUGCUCCUGGAUGAUUUCCAUUUGAAAAGCUUUCUUACGAUGGCGGAAAAUCAAGACGUCAAAAUCCAGCAGCUCAGGAACAUGAGAGUGCGCACAGUGAAGGGCCUGGAGUACCUCUGCCGAUCAGGAGCGAAAUUCCACGGUGCAAUGGAGCAUAAGUUUCUUCUAGUUGACUGCCAAACGGUGGUCUACGGCUCAUACAGCUUCAUGUGGUCAUUUGAGAAGAUCAAUCUGAGCAUGGUGCAGGUCAUAACAGGCCACCUGGUCCAGUCGUAUGAUGAGGAAUUUCGAACCCUCUAUGCCAGGUCCACUGUGCCAGCUGAGCUGUGCCCUCCCAAGGGGCUGGUAAAAGACAACAGGCCCAAUGGAAGAGAGAUUUUAGCCAAAUACGCACCUCACUCUGGUCAACGAUUUGAGAGACAGGACCAACUGAGGCACACUCUUGACACUGUCUACCGCAAGACUUGUGAGAGGCAAGCAGGAAUGAGAGAUCUCGAAGAGAAGCUAUAUGAAGAAGGUCCGAUCAUACACAGGCCCUUAAACGACUAUGGGAUGGGAGUUCAAAAUCUGAUGCCUCACCCCCAGUCUACAGAGGCCACAGACUUUUUAAAACGGCACAGCUAUGCUGGGGAGAGACAAGAUAGCUCGUAUAUUCCUCACAACAUGAGGCACAGGGCAAGCAACUGGAAUAUCUCAGGAGACGCAGGGUUUGCUAAUGGAAGACACAACCAACCCAUGCUCUUUGACUACUCUCAAGCACCACAGAUGCACAGAGGUCAACACAUGCGUCAGUCUUACCACGGCAAUGACAAACAGGUCCUUUCUAUGCAACAGAACAUGCCGACAUUGGAGAGUACAUCCAAGUCCUUCAUGCGCACGUGGAGGAUUGAGUCUUACCUUAAAAACCCUGAUGUUCCAGUUGGAGACUCCUGUGACUAUCUGGACCAGUAUGAAGCACUAGACAACAAAGCUAGCUCCAUGAUGCACUCCAGGAUGAGGUCUUCACUUAUUUUCAAGUCCACGAUCCCAGAGCAGGUGGAGGCAAACUGCUACAUUAAUAACUCAUAUGGUCAGACUAACCCCUCACCAGCACCAAAUGCUGCAUUACACUACUCAUCCAUGCAAUUUCAUCCAACCGUGGAGAACAGGCCAAAUAAUGACGAAUUCAAGCUCAAACACCAGAGUCUGCAGAUACUGGAUGAUGUUGAGAAUGAUACAAGCUACAUUCCAGGAAGAAACCCUCACCAUUCUGUUUACGCAAGCCUCGGCAGAGCCAAAGCGGGAGUACUGAUGAAAAACCCUGACCCUCUGUCCGACAGUUGGUACAAACGGCAUAGUUUAGCAGAUCCAAGAUCCAACACAGAUCACAGGGACACUCACGACACCUCGAGUCACAUGUACGCAGGAGGUUUUGCAGGAAGGCAGACCGAUAGAGGUACAGCUGGGGCCAGUGCACAGAAUGUAGGAUAUGGGUCACAUCUGAGUGGAGGUCAGCGAUCUGUGUCGCAUUAUGAUGUCCAGAGUAUCAACGACACGAAAAGCCAGACCUCAUCUGUUUGGCAGGAGCCGCCCUCGAGAACCAUGUCUGCAGCCGCCCUCGAUGGCAACAGCAAGGAGUCAUCAGUUAAAUUGUCCGGCAAGGGCUCCCCACACUUCCUACACAAGAGCUCCAAAAAGAUCAGGUCAUUACUCAACAUACCAGAGAAAAAGGAGGUGUCCUCCCGAACUGCGGAAGAAACAAGCAUGAAAUCUUCAGGCAGCACAGACACCUUAUUGGCUGAGAACGAAGAGCCGAGAGAAACAAAAGACAGGUUACCAGAUGACUAUGGAACUGUGUCAACUCCUCGGUUUACAAUCGACGAAGGCCAUCAGACCUCUCCUCCUACAACUACCUCGUCGAGGACGCAACAACAGCACACGCUAGGGGAUAAAAGUGCGAGGUCCAACCACGACACAGGAAACAGGGGUAAAGAUCAAGGCACUGAAAGCCGUCUGUACAGCAGAUUUGAGCCUUUCUGUACAUUCGAUAAGAAACACUCCUCAAGUCCUGCAACAGGAUUGGCCAACGUACCGUCUCAAGAGAAAACCAAGGUCACACUCUUUCCUAAGGGUGGCUCUGCAAAUGAAUAUAACCUCAGCCGGGCAACGCAUGGCAGCCAUGAAAAUAAACUGGGGCGAUUUAUACAGAGAGUGGGAAAUUUAAUUCAUAAGAACAAGUAG